AUUUCUCUCUUCCCCCACUGGGCCCCUUGCCGACUGUUUUUAUUGAUUUCAAUCACUGGAGGCUAGCUGGCUCUCAGAAGAAACACUGUGUAAUGUGUUCUUUCCUGGCUUUCAUUAAAGAAACUCAAUGCAGUGCGGUCACGCUGCCGAGCUCGCCUGGCAACCUGCCUACACCCUGUGGUACCUCUUUCAUUGGAGGAGAUCGAGCUCGUGGUUUGGGCGGACAACCAGGGAUGCAAAUGUGGGAGGUUUGGACGCAGUGACGGGCGAGGAGGAGGAACAGAAGUCUUUAGGAGAUGUCUUCGGUUCUACUCAAGCAACAAAAGAAGAGGAAGAACUUAUUGCAGAGGAAGAGCAAGAACUUACUCCGGAGGAAAAGAGGAAACUGGAAAGAAAAUUGAAGAAGGAGCGCAAGAAGAAGGAGAAACAGCUGAUGAGGGAAGCUGGAAUCUCCAUUAAAAAGGUGGUGCCCCAAAAGCCAUCGGGAUCUGAGCGGGCUCUGGCCUAUUUAACCAGCUGGUCUGAAAACCCAGAAGAAUGGAAGUUUCAAAAGACAAGACAAACGUGGCUUCUCCUGCACAUGUAUGAUAAAGAGAAGGUUCCAGACAAGUAUUUCACCAUUUUACUGGAUUAUCUGCAAGGCCUUCAGGGCGGGGCAAGAGACAAAACUGUGCAGAAAGCUGAAGCUUUUAUGAAGGAAUUUGAUGGUUCUGAUGGAAAAGACCCAAACGUGCUGGAGAAGUGUGAGCGAGUACGACAAGUUCUGCAGCUGCUGUCCUGAGAGUGUUUUUGUGUCUUAAUGGUUGUCUGGUGGAGAGAAGGAGAGGAUGUCAUAUACAGAGGCUAUAAAUGAGUUGUAAAGACAUAAUUUUCUAAAAAGAAUCCUAAUAGUAAGUUUUGUACUCAUAAUUUUUUGCAAUUGCAAAUAUUUAUCAUGUUUUGAGGUGAUGAAAUAAAAAUAACAUAUAUGGUCCGUAGGCUUGCUAUUAAUCUUACUGCAUGUCAUUAGGAAAAUAAACCUCUCUCCCUCUCAUUAGUUUUUCUCCAUCUGCCCCUGUAAUUACUGUUAAAUAAGAGGAACUUUACCGUUCUUAAUAAGAAGAGCAAAGGAACCAA